AUGCCCUGUUCUCAGGGGGCACCGACCCUUCGGAAAUUGAAGUUAUGGCCCAGCUCGGCCGGUCGCUACUUGCGCCGGUCGCUACUUGCGCCCAAGCAUCUGCCAAAGAAUGGACGUCGUAUCUUCGGAGCAGCCGAGCUCGACAAGAUCGGUAGCGUUUUAGCCUACGAGGUACUUGCCGACACAAUGCGAAAACCUGUUGGGCACGACAACCAUGAGGGACUCUUUGAGGGCAGAAUAAGGGGAUUACAGUACCUGCAUGCUCGUUCGCCCGACAAGGAUGGCCCAAUCAGUGGAAGGCCAACUGUUGCGAGCUGGACUCGCACCAUCAGCGGCAUAAUAUUCGCCGAAAGACCGCCCCCAGCAAUGUUGCUACAACGAUCAACGUUGAAAAUCCGGAAUAUUGUAUUCUAG